GCGUUUUGGAUUAACAAAUGGGAGGUUCUAGUGUGACGUAACUCGUAAACCCUGUUUGUCAGCUGCUCAGAGAGUUUCUGGCAGAUGUGAAAUCAAAAGAAAAAAAAACAGGCGACGGACUAUACAUGACACACAAAUAGUUUUAUAUUAUGUGAUUAUGAAGCUGGUGAUCUUGCUGUGGAUUCUGCCUGUAACUUUAGGAGACAUCUAUGUCACCUGUAUCUACUCUAAGGAAUGUUUGUUACCUUGCACAUCCACCAACCUCGACAUUAUCCACUGGUACAAGGAUAGUAAACCAGUGCAUUCAUUCUACCACAAUAAAGACCAGUUGGACCAUCAGUCCAAGGACUACAAGGGAAGAACAUCCCUGUUCACGGAAUCUGAAAUCAAAAAUGGAAAUGUAUCACUCUUACUAAAAAACAUCAGUGUUCAAGAUGAAGGCAGAUACAGGUGCUAUACUGCCAAUGAAAAAACAAAUGAUGAGAAGUAUGUGUCUGUGUCUGUAGAAGCUCCAGCUAAAUCAGUGGAUAUCACUUUAAAAGAUGACACAGUCACCUGCACCACCAGUGGAGUUUAUCCAAAACCACUCAUCUCGUGGUCCCCAGAUCCUCCGGCAGAGAAGCUAUUGAAUACUUUCCAGCAAACAGAAGAAAAACUGUUUAAUGUGACAAGUAAACUUAAAGUAGAGGACAUCAGUAAUGCCUACAAAUAUACCUGCUCGAUUACCACUAAAGACAUUACACAGACAGCUACUCUGGAAAAGCAAGCUUCGGGAAUUGAAGGUAUUAAUGGCAUUACCGUUAUUGUUAUUGUUGCCAUUGUUAUUGUUAUUGGCAUUUGCAUUGGCAUUGGCAUUUUUGUUGUGAUGAAGAAAAAGAAAUUACAAAAGGAAUGUUCCGAGAAUUCAGAAGAGAUGACGACCUUGAAUAGAAGCUCAGAAAAUGGUAAAAAAUAACCAGAAAUGUGACUUCUCAUCAAGUCCAGAGUCCUAUGGAUUAACAAACUCUUACAUUCGCCACAUGAACAGUUUUGUGGAUGGCAAAACGACAAGAAAUUCCAGCACCUUAUCUUUAUUGUUCAUAUGUAUUAUUCAGGACUUAUUACAUGAGGACUAGUAAAAGCCUGAAGAUAAAUAAUAAGACUAUUGAAGGCAAAGGCAUGCCAAGAGAAACCAGUGAGUGCAAUGAGACAGAGAGAAAAAAAAAAAGCUUACGAAACAAGUUUUACUUUCCAAGCUUUGGAUUUGGUUUCAGUCUGAAGACUGAAAAUCAUUGAAGCAGUCACUGCCCAGACUCAAUGCUCCUUCUAAACUCACUGCCAGCUUGACCUUCAAGCUUUGAGUUUUUAGACGAUGUUUUCUGUAUACUGAAGGAUUUUUCUUCUAUCUUUCCCAUUUUUAACAUAUUUUACAUCACAGAAGUGGAUGGAUCAGAUUUUAGUCAUUCUUUUCUCUCAGGUUCGACUCUGUGACGUGAACAUGAAACCAGUUUUAGCAGAUUCCACAGGAAAACUUCUGAAACCACUUUCUUAAGAGAACAAAAUUUUAAAAACUUUAAAGACAGUCGGUCUAUAGCAAGCUAUAGUUGCUGUGACUGAAGCAAAAAAGAUGUAAAGCAAGUUUUUUUUUUUUUUUGCUUUAUUGUUUUAGGUGCUACUCUUUUGCCAUGGCAACCGUCAACAUACCGACACUACAAUGAUUGUGAUAUUUAAGCUGUCUAUUCACCUGUUGAUUAAUGAAGGGGCUUCAUGAGGGGCAAUGUUUUUCUGUUGCACUUUUACGUGGUGUAAACCUGUUUGUUCAGACUGCAUUAUUUAAUUUAAUGAAGAUCAACUCCGCUGUGAAGAAUGUAAAUAAAAUUAAUGUGUAAUGAAA